CGUCGUCCCCCUUCUUCAAUAUACUCAAUUGCCUCCAUCACCUAUUCAUACCUCCAUCAUCACCAUCGCCGAUUCACAAUGUCAUCGCCUCCGCCGCCAUACACCCCUACCCUUUCUUCCUGAAUCCACUUCAAUCGCUGCUUCCACUGCCGAAUCACAACGCAAUCGCCACUGCUGCCAUGCAUUUCCACUCAUCACAGACUCGCCGCUGCCGCCAUGCACCCCAUCUAUCUUAGACUUGUCGCCGCUUGCUCAUCGCCAAUCUCCCUUCCACCGCCCACCCCUUUCUUCAAUUGAUUAUUAGAAUUGUCACUGCUGCCACUUAAUCGCAACACCAUCGCCGUCGUCAUGCACCCCCACUCCUCUCAGAUUCAUCGUUCCACCGAUGUGUAGCCAUCCCACCUUCAUCUCCCUCCUCUAAAGCCUGAUUUCAAAAUGUGGGCGAAAAUGGUAGAGAGUGGUGAUGUCGUUGGUGACGGUGAAAAAUCAACAACAGUAAUGGUGGAUUUUGACAGUAGUGGCACAACGGCGAUGAAGUAGGGCUUGGCGGUGGCAGAGAUUCAAGUGAUAUGGCAAGGACAUGGCGGCGGCAGCGAUUGGGGCGCAACGCCGACAGAAGUAGUGGACAUCAGCGUCGGCAAGAAGUUUGGGGUGUAGCACUGUUGAUGAAUUGUUUUCUUUUUGCUUUGGAACUAUGGAAGAUGAGCAAAAGAAGCGGCAUAUGGGGAUUGAGCUGUGCGAGAAAUGAAUUGCCCUUGCAAGACGAUUUGAUAGAGGUUAAGCCACCGUAUAUACUGGUGAAGUUGCAUGCUAGACGUCAGAUUUUAUGUAACGGGACCCCAAAGGAGCAAGGAUUAGUCAGUUGGAGCGAUGGUUCUAUCGACGUCACAUGGGAACCCUUGGCUACUAUCCAACAAUCUUUUCCGCAUUUACACCUUGAGAACAAGGUGAAUUCGGAAGGCAGAGAGAGUGAUAUAACUGCGAGUACGCAAGGCGAGACGCAUCAGGAGAAUCAGGAGCACAGCACAGCAGUUGAGCACGCGUAGGAGUACCAGUGCGAGGAGGGCACUGAAUUGGCAACAAGAGUUUGUGAUGAAUUAGAACUAUAUUAUUAUUAAUAUUUAAUUAAUGUAAUGUUUAUAUAAGUGAGCGCAAUUAUGAGCUCCUUCGAAGAUUUCUUUACGGUUCUUUACAUCGAUGUCGUUUUUGAACCGUCGGGAUUGAAAAUCUAGUUGAACCCUUAAGAAUAAUUAAGCAAUAAAAUAUCUCACAACCG